GCCUGGCUGGGGCGGCGGCUCACGUGAGGCGGCGGCUCUGAGAAUUCGUCUGUGACACCGUCUGCAUCUGGAGUUUUCUUUGAGGGAAAGCUUUUAAUUACAGAUCUUGAGGAAGUCGCCCGUCGUCUUCCUUACUCUUCAUGGUGCCGGGGUCGGAACUCCUCCCAGUUGUUGAAGUUCACGCUGUUUAGUAAGUGGCUGCAUCACAGCUCAGAGCUAGACAGGCUGUCGGGCCGCCUCGCCUGGGAGCUCUGCUGACGCUAGCGCUCUUCUCACGCGGAGCAGGAAGAGCAAACGUGGAUGGUUUGUUCAAGAGCGUUGAUUAAAAUAGUUCAAGAAUUAGAACAAAAUUAAUUCCUCUUUUCCUCAAGUUAAUCAAGAACUUUUAUACGACCUGGGUCCCAGAGUUCCAGUGAAGACACCUCAGUUUUUUAAGAAUAUACAUCCUUGAGCAAUGCAGGCUACUGCAGUGGUGGGAACAGUGUCUGGUAAAGGCUACCACAGUAAUGGAAGGAACUGCCAGAAAGAUGAAGCUUCCGGUCCUAAGAAAGAAAAUCUCUUACUUUCCAAUCAUUGUCAUGAAGCCAAAUUGACCUUUCCUCGGGUUUCCCUGGCACUGGAUCAAAGAGCAAAUGGCAAAGAAAUCAGUGACACUGACAGAGUAGGUGGGUCGCAGCCAUCUUUCACCGCGAGCCCGGAUGCGAGCUCAGAGAGCGCUCACUCUCGGUCAAGUGAGUUUGAAGACAGUGGUGACUUUCCUUUCCUGAAUAAGACAUACUUUAUCCAUUAUUCAGAGUCGGAAGUAAAGGAUGGAAAUCUUACUCAUUUAAACUCGGAGUUAGAUUCUGAUAUGCAGAAAGGAGAGGAGGUGCUUUUUGAUAUUUUGAAACAUCAAGGCAAUAAGACUGUUGAUUUGGGCAGAAUCUGCAGGGUUUCAGAUGAAAAGCAUAAAGAAACUGCCAAAGACACGCCCAGGGGUGACCUAGACGAGGACUCGCAGCAGGAGUAUCACAGUGCGGAAGAGCAAGAGCUGAGAAGCAGCCGCUUGUCUCUCGGCCAGACACAGGCAGUGAGCACGCCCCGCCGGGACGGUGUUAGAUCUGCAGAGUCGGGUAAUGAAGUGGGGGGCGCUGGCAAGCUGGGAGGCAGCCGUGCUAGGGCAGGGAGCAGUUGUAGCACCUCGUUAGAUUCAGUUGAUGUUGAUGGACAAGGAGAUUCACCUUGUGUCUCCGAGUUUCAGAAUUGUAUGAUACUAAGAGAGUAUCACGAAUCAGUGCAUGACAAGUGUGAAGAGCAGGAGGCGAGUUUAAUGUACCACACAGCGUUUGAUGAGACUGUACUAAGGAGUAGUCCUCUUGAAAGCCAGGAAUCUCAAUCUAAGAGUGAUUUCUUAAGCCCUCAAGCAUCAUUAAAAACUAAAAUUUGUACUGGCAGACUGAAACUUCCAGUACCUGAAAGUAAAGAGUUCCGCGGAAAUGCAGUUUUUGAGAACAAAAUGUUACAGGACCUUGAAAAUCCUAGUGUAUUACCACAGGACAAAGCCUUAAAAACAUCGCUCCAGCCCUGUCAAGAUUGUCAGGCUUCCUACUCCUCCCUUUUUGAUGAUUCGGUAAUUUCUGAUGCAUAUUCCCUCUAUGAAAGCCUGCAAAGCGCCCCUAACCAAGCCUUGGGCUUUUCUGUUACUGUACCGAGAGUUGCAACCAGACAUGAUCAGGCAGUGGACGAAGAGGCCUCCCUGAAAGCUGCUAAAGGCAACACCAAGAGUGAAGCUUGCCUUCAGAGCGCGGAUGGAACGUGCCGUGGGGUGCGGACAGAGGCAGCGGGUGGCACAGUCACCGCCACUCAGGCCGUCGACGCCAGCACUGAUUUCAGGGCUUGCUUCACUACCAGCAGAGCGACGAGCGCCAGCCCUUCUGUGGUUUCCACAUCCAGUAACACCAGGAUAACAAUGAUGAAUAAAAAGCAGCCUGGUGAGUGGCAAAGUAAGAAAGAAAGAAGCGUGGCCUGUAACACAGACGGGCGGCGCGGCCCGGGGAACAGAGACGCGCUGGCAGCCACGACGGAGGGGCCCCUGGGAGAAUCUCUCACAGCGGACAAUGAGAACCCCGAUGGGGGUGUCCUCCAUAAGGUGUCCCUGGAUUUAAGAAACACAUUUGAUAAUGUAGACGUAAAGAAACAUCCUGAAAGGGAAUUUCAACUUUCCCAAGAGACGGAGAAGAAUCUGCCGCUGAGCUGCUGUGCACACGCAGUGCAGAGGGCCGCCAGGGCAGAGCUGCAGCUGCUGGACGCUCACUACCAGAUGUGCCGUCGCCAGUGCGGUGACAUAUACGCGCUUGUAAUGGAAAACUGGGGCGGAUUAAAAGGGAAUUUAUCAAGUAACACGGCUAAGAAGGAGUUAGGAUCAGCACUGCUGUCUGUUCUGGGAGAUUUAAAAGUUAGAUACAUGAGCUUGAAAGAAAAAAUAGACCAGGGCGUGCCACUGGAAGAGCUGCCCCCGCUGUCCAUGGAAUCAAAGUUGCUCUCUGCUUUCUCUGCCUUUGCGUGCAGGCUAAUAAAAGAAGACGCCCGUGCCUUUUCAGGAGCAGAUUCUGAACUAGAUAAUCAAAGUACAAGUGAUGUUGACGUUUCUUCGAGCCUAAAAAAGAUUCUCUCUCAAGUGAGAUUUUUAAAAGUGUCCUGGCUGUCUGACAGUGGUCACGCUGCACGGCACGCCUCCCCCGAGGGAGGAGGGCUGAAAGGUGGCGACAUCAGCAUGGACCUGCAUCAGAUGAGACUUGACGAUAGAGAGGGCAAGAACUGUGCCGAAAUGAGUGAAGCCUGGUUUGAUGCUCAAGAGAACCUGACUGGGGUCGGCCUCUCGGGAAUCCAGGAAAGUCAGACGGGACAGGACAGAGAGGGCCCGGAGUCUGCACUCGAAACGAAGACCGCUGACCCCUUGCGCAGAGAGAAAGGCCACCUGAUACAUGUGGGGGGCCUCUGCCCCUCCGUGUCUGAGGCUGAUUUAAGGUGUCAUUUCCAAAAAUACCAUGUUUCUGAAAUUGCAGUUUAUGGUGGUGCUACUAAUUACAGAUAUGCAUCUCUUGCUUUUAAAAAAGGCAGCGAUGCAAAGGUGGCUGUGAAAGAAAUGAACGGAACAGAAAUAAAGGGAAAACCAGUAAAUGUGCGGCUUGUCAAAGCUCCUGGAGAAUGCGCAGCACCACUCUCCUCCAGAAGUGGGAGUCGGGUUGGUUUGGAUAAUUUGGAGAAAAGCACCGGCAGAGCAGUCGGCUCCGCCACCUCUGUCUCUCGACUGCCCAGAUCCCGGCCACGGCAUCUGGGAUCUGAGCAAGACAGUGAGUUUUUCCCUUCCGACCAGAAGGGUGUCAAGAAGAAUUGUAAACAGAUUGAAUCUGCUAAACUAUUGCCUGAUAUACCUAUUCAGUUCAUACCUCCAAAUACAUUGAAUCUACGUAGUUUUACCAAGAUUAUGAAGAGACUGACUGAACUACAUCCAGAAGUUAGCAGAGACCAUAUUAUCGAUGCUCUUCAAGAAGUAAGAAUAAAUCAUAAAGGCUUUCUGAACGGCUUACCUAUUAAUACUAUUGUGGAAAUGACUUCAUCUGUUUUGAAAAAUUCUGCUUCUAGUUAAGAAUAAAAGAAGCAAUAAAGGAUUUCUUUGGAAAGCAUGAGGUCCACCCUUCAGAGAAUGUUCCACAUACAGCAUUUAGGAAACUGUGAUAACAACAAGGUGAUGUGAUUAAAUAGCUCAAUAAAUGGAUUUACCGUUUGUAAUCUGCUUUAUGACCUCCCUUAAAGUUCAGUCACUGGUAUUUCUACGAUAUGAAAAUCCUCUGUAAAAUGAAAAGGUAAUUUCAAUGUUUGGAAACUUUAUUUCACACUUGAUGCUUAGACUUAAAGCUGCAUGUCUUGGAUAAGAACAAACGAGCAUGUCCAUUUUAAAGAUGUGUUUGUUUAAUCAGUUUUGUUAAAUAUUGACAAAAGCAUUUUUGUUUCAGAACUUGUGGUUUUCACCCAUGAAUGUAUCCCAGAGUUCCUGUUUUAUUUCCAGUUUUGAGUUGUCUCAAAGCUCUGACAUGGGGCCCUAAGAUAAUGGGUAAAUAAACCGAAUCUGCAGGGGCGCACUUUUUGGAGCGUGUAUAUUUUUAAGACUCCAAGAUAAUUACAUUGCUGUUGUGUUACAUUUAAUGCACUGUUACUGCUUCAUUUCCAAGCACUUAGAUGCGGCUCCCUAUUGUCUGGAAGGGCAGCGCCCUCUGGGGAAGGCCUGCAGGGUCUGCGUGUUGCUCCUGUUUGUCUUGUCAAGGGCCCUGUGGUGUUAGGUUAGGUUGUAAAGCAGACAUCUUUCAGCGUGGUUGUGUGCCUUACCUGAUAACAUAAACUUCUUUAACUGCUUACUUGUGUAAAGUAACAUUGUUUAAAGGUGCCGUUUACACAUUUUCUUCAAAUGUUUAAAAUGUUCAGAAUAGUCAGCGUGUAGUUGACAGGACUAGAUUAAAAGUUA